AUGGCCGCCUCGGAUAAGGAUAACGACCAGUAUGGCUUCAACGACGAUGCCGGAGACGACCAGUCGGUCCUGUCUACCCGUGGCAUAGAAGCAUUCGGGCGCAAGGUCACCACCACCGCGAGCCAUUUGAUCGGCCCUCUUUCCGAGCAGAGUGGCAACGGCCACGGCCAUUACCAUGGCGCCCUUGCCGAGGUCCACAAACAGCUGCGCCGCCCAAAUGUCCAGCGCAGCAUGUUCUCGAUGGCGAAGACCACCCCGACCGACUUGGUGCGCUCAAAGCUCUCCAAGACGGAGAUCCAGCACCGCGCUUUGACGUACCUUCCCGAUGAGCUCCUGGCCAACAUUCCCGAGGGCGACAACUCCUUUUCUCUGUUCCAGGGCUUCAAAGCUAGCUUCCCCGAAUUGACGGAAGAGGGCAGGAAGCACCGGAGGCGGGUUUCGAGGGGCAGGAAGUUGCUGGACGAGACGGCACAUACCCCCGGCACACCCCAGGAGCUGCAAAAUCUGAAAAAGGACAAGGCGUCGAUGAUGCACGAGCUCGAAAUGCUGGGUGUUCGUAAGAACAUGGCUAGCAGCGAGAUUCGUGACAUUGACAACAAGAUUGCGAACUUGCACGGCAUGCGACGGAUUAUUCUGGAUAGGCUAGCGAAUCUGGAGCAGGAAGAGACAAUGCUGGAACACGACCUUAUGGACACCGAAGCUCGAUUAGAAGAAGCGCAAGAGCUCUUCGACGAAGCGGAAUCAAUUGCUAUCAACACACCUACAAAGACUGAGGAGGACCUUGCCGGCGAUCAGGAUGAGUCCGGUUUCAUGUCGCAAUCCGUCUACGAGAAGCUACCGUCCGCAUCCAACACCCCGGCAUCAAAACAGAAGAAGAAGGUUGUUCGUCGAAAAUCUAUGCCGAUAUUGCACGAGCAUUUUGAACCGGGCACCGCCAUCAGGGAGAUUCGCGCCCACCAGGACACUAUUACGGCUCUCGACUUUGACGCACCCUUUGGAACUAUGGUUACCUCGGCUAUGGACGACUCGAUAAAGGUUUGGGAUCUCAACGCGGGACGCUGCAUCGGUUUGCUAGAGGGUCACACUGCAUCCGUAAGAACGCUGCAGGUCGAAGACAACUUCUUGGUGACCGGUGGAAUGGACGCUACAAUUCGUCUGUGGGAUCUUAGCAAGGCUCACUACGACCCUCACGGCAGCCAAUUCGACGAUGAUGAAGAUGGAAUCGCAUUUGAGAACCCCGACGACAGCCCGGUUGAACCUCCUGCGGGAAGCAUGAGGGAUUGUCCUCUUUACACCCUGCAAUCACAUGUUGACGAAAUUACGGCCCUUCACUUCAGAAACGAUAUCCUUGUCUCCGGUUCAGCAGACAAAACUCUGCGGCAGUGGGAUCUUGAAAACGGUCGUUGCGUGCAAACUCUCGAUGUUAUGUGGGCAGCGGCUCAGGCUUCUGCCAACUUUGGCAGCGACAGCUCUUGGAGGCAAACGAGUAGAGCGCCGGCGCAGACGGCCCACUUUAUUGGGGCUUUGCAAGUGUUUGAGACAGCUCUGGCGUGUGGUACCGCCGAUGGCAUGGUUCGUCUAUGGGAUCUGCGAAGCGGCCAGGUCCACCGAAGCUUGGUGGGACACACCGGCCCGGUGACAUGCUUGCAAUUCGACGACGUUCACCUUGUUACCGGUAGCAUGGACCGAAGCAUUAGAAUAUGGGAUCUCCGUACAGGAUCCAUCUACGACGCGUAUGCAUACGAUAACGCAGUCACCAGCAUGAUGUUUGACGAGAGGAGGAUCGUCAGCGCGGCUGGCGAGGACGUCGUGAAAGUGUACGAUAAGGUAGAGGGCCGGCAGUGGGAAUGCGGCGCCGGCAUUGCGGAAGCAGACGACAACAAGACGCCUGCCGUUGUAGAACGUGUACGUGUUAAGGACGGGUACCUGGUCGAGGGCCGUCAAGACGGUAUUGUAGGAGUAUGGACAUGUUAG